AUGUUCUCGAAUUCUGUGAUACUCAACCGACGCCUUCUGAAAGUGACACCUCAACUGAAUGCAGUUCGAACGAAGUAUUUGACGGCUGAUGGGAAGCCGAGAGAUCAACUAACAAUGAGAAAUGUCGAUAUUAUUGUGGAUCCGAAUGAGAGUUUGAUUGAUGAGUUCAUGAAUGGAUACGGAAAAGAACGUCUAAACUUCGAAAGAAGUGAUAUUGGAAUGUGGAAGUCAUGCUAUGGAGAUAAUUAUUCGUUGGUGUUCAUCUGUCCGAAAGGAACUAACAAAAUUAUACAAACAGUGCAUUAUUUCAAGUUUCAUCCAAUCUCCCCACUCAUCGGCAAACCUCAUCAAUACAACGGAUUCUUCUGGGUUCAUCCGGAUUAUCGAGCAUCAGAUAGUAUGAUAUUCUGUGAUAACAUUGUCAAGGAUGGACUCCGAACUGUCGGAGGAAAUUCUGUGUCUCAUUGUUUCCCAUCGUCCAUGAAAAUAUGGAGAAAAAUGUUUGGAGGAAACACCUAUUCACACAUUCAAUAUGUUUCCUACUAUAAAAUGGAGGAGAUGAAAGUUCCAGAUGAUUUGAAUACAGAUGGAAUAUUGAUAAAGAAUGCGACAGAUGUUCCAGAUGAGGAUAUUGUCAAGUAUGACCAGGAGGUGUUUCCAUACGAGAGAUCAAAAUAUGUUCUGACACUUCUCAGAAAGAAAAAUGGGUUUGGAAAGGUAGCCUACGACGAGAAUGGAAAAGUGAUAGGAUUCGGAACAGUGAUAAUCUAUCCAUCUGGUGAAUGUGUUCUCUCUCCAUUGUAUGCAGAUGAUAAACGUAUUGCUCAGGCGAUAUUCAAGAAUAUUCUGGAACAGAUUCCCCUCGACGAUAAGAGACUUCUCCGGUUCCAUGUCAGAUCAGUUGAUAAGUGUCAAGGAGGAUUCGAAUGGAUCCAACCGUUCGUGAAGUGUCCAAUCCGAAAGGAACUCGCCGCAUACUUGUGCUACACCACUCAUCUUCCAGUCAUCAACUACAAGAAAGCGUUCGUCAAUUUUCCGUAUACAAAUUGUGCUAUUUGA